AUGUCUUACGCAGAAGCCGCGGCCAAAGGCCCUAAACAAACACCAGAGGAGGUAUGCGAUCUGACUGACCGGCUCCGACGUAGGCGACUAUUGACUGACUCUCCACAACGCAGUCGCGCCCCUAACCCACCACGAACCUAUCUGAGUGAAACAGCGGAAAGCACCGCCUCCCUAGUUGACGUCGACUCCCCGCAUGUGGUUUCAGUUGACUCGGAUUUCCUCAACCAGGACGUGAAGACCACUACCCAGGCUGAUCGUUUAGAAAGAGAGGCACAGGAGAAAGAGGAGCGGAAAGAGCAGGCAAAGGUGGAGAAGGCGAAAGCGAAGGCUACACGCGCCGGCCAUGUCGCCAAGCGCAACCCUGUCUUCCUCGGAAAUGCCGUGCUGUACGCGCUGGUCGGUGCUGCGCUCGGAUAUGGCGCAUACAGGAAGCAUGCCGAAGGCAAGCUCUCGUGGAAGCUUGUUGGAACAUGGACUGGGAUCGUUGGAGCCUUCAGUACGGUCGAUUACUUUGUCAGCAAGUGA